GCCACACUCGCACUCCGUACUGUACUCUGAAGGUUCUUUCAGACGGGCUUUACACCAUCAAGAGCACGCUUUGGUCGGUUGAUGGUCUCAACACCGCUCUUUUCCCUACGUAGAGCCCAGAGGAGACUUUUUCCGCGCCAUGGCCCCUAUUCCACGUGGCAGAGGCUGCCACGUGGAGGGCCGCUACUCACCUUAUUCUGUCCUGCAGGCCGCGCUGGUAUGCGUUCUAGCGAGCGCGCUGGUGCGGUCCCCGCCGUCCCUACUACCUGCGGCCUUCGCCCAGACCCCCGCUUAUUCGACUCUCGGCAUUCCCGUGGGUAUAGUCGCGGGAGGCGCGUAUGAGCCUGUUUCGGGCGCCACGACGAAUCAGGUGUGGCAGCUGAACCUCCUAACGCAUCGCGAAGUAGGGGAGUCAUCGAACCCCGACAACAACACCGCGGCGCUACUGGACAGCUGCGCCGUCGGCAGGAACGGUCUGGCGUACACGUCGUCGGCGGACAAUUACAUCAGCUUGAUCCGUUACGCCACUGACGGGCCGCUUCCUCUGCCGCCCAUCGGCGUCUCGCUUCCCUCUGUCACCCGCGUCGCGCUCGGAGGCGCGUCGGACAACCUGCUUAUCGCCGCAGAUGGGUCCGACACCGCAGGCGGCGUCUUGGGGCUCGACGUAUCUGGUCUGGAGGCCGCCAUCGCCGCCGCAUCCGGCGGUGGUGCUGGGAGCGCGAACAGGGUUACUGUUCCGGAGACGGUUCUAGUAGGAAACGGCCACCAGUGCCUGUCCGUUUCGUUUUGUCGGAGGCCGUUAGGUUCCCCGGAGGACUUCGCCGUGCUGACGUGUCACAGGACAGCCGACGAUGCGGACUUUCUCGUGGUUGUUCCAAUCGAUCCCGCCACGGGGGGCUUUCAGACGGAGGCAAUCAAGUACUUCAGCGUUCCGUUUCCCGCCAAGCAAGCGGUCUGCUCGCCGCAGGGCACUUUUGUCGCCAUUCUGCGCUUCGACGUUAACGCGCUCUACACCUACGCUCUGCCGCUCGCUGGAUCGCUCACCCCUCUCACCAUCACGUCGUUAACGACGGGCACUCCUGGGUCGCUCGCCGUGAACCCCGCGCAUAAGAACAUCCUCGUUAGCAGCUCCGCUAGCUACACUGGCGGCGGAUUCAAAGCCAAUCAGGUGCAACUGGGGACGGUGGAUUCCGUGCCCUUCGCGGAAACUACCGGUUGCGCGGCGGCCGGCGCAGAUCUUGGGCCGUUUCAGUAUCUGACGUCAGGGAUGGACGGCGGCGAGCUGGCAUUCUAUCCGAGCAGUCCGCCUGUGGCGUUCCUGGCGCUACCGGAAGGGCUGACGGUCAUGCGGCUCAGCCCCGAGGGAUCCACGGAAGCCGAUACGGCCAUGACGCUCAACCUAGGCGGCGCCGCGGCAGAAGCUGCCGGAUGGAGUUAUUUCGCCACAGCGGUUUGCGUGCAGAAGUAUGUUCCGCCUCCCUCGCCUCCCCCCCCUCCUCCGCCUUCGCCGCCGCCGUCGCCGCCGCCUCCGCCUUCCCCGCCCAAACCCCCCUCUCCGCCCAAGCCCCCGUCUCCUCCCAAGCCUCCAUCUCCCCCGCCUAAGCCUCCUUCUCCCCCCCCUCCCAAGCCCCCCUCUCCUCCUCCUCCUCCCUCUCCUCCAUCCCCUCCUUCACCUCCCUCUCCCCCUUCUCCACCCCCCUCUCCUCCCUCGCCUCCCCCCUCGCCUCCCCCCUCGCCUCCCCCCCCCCUUCCCCUCUCUGAGGGGACGGGGACCGCACAGGGCAAUGUCGACUCCAAGCCCAAGCCCAAACCUAAUCCGAAGCCCGCCCCCGCGCCCAAGCCGAAGCCAGGAGGCGGUGGUAUACUUGGCAAGUUCAAGUCGUGGUUCGGAGGGGGGAAGAAAUGAGUGAGGGGCGUGGUGGCACAGCAGUAGAAGGCGCUGGUGCUGCUGCUGCUGCUGCUGCUGGUGCUGGUGCUGGUGCUGCUGCUGCUGCUGCUACUGGUGCUGCUGCUGGUGCUGCUGCUGGUGCUGGUGCUGGGAUGUGGCAGGCGUUAUGUGCAUGAAAUGGGAAGGCAGGCAGGACGAGGGACCCAUGAAGUUGAUCCAGGGUUGUGGCGAGUAAGUAGCAAUAGCCAGCUGUUGCUGUGACCUGCUUGGAGGCAUCUCAUUUGAUGUGGCAUCUCGUAUGCCUUACAGUUGUGGCAUAGGCAUUAUUAGUAUGUUGUACUUUCUGAUUGGCCAGAGGACAGCACGUCUCUAAUGUUAUGGAUUUCCUGUGGACUGGGAGGAUUGCCCGAUCCCACUGCUGUCAUGCUAUGCUACCAUUCCUCCUCA